AUGUGCCCCAUAUGUGGUGACGAAAGUGAAUCUGUUGAACAUAUGCUGCUUCUUUGUCACUGGGUGGAGCCUAUAUGGUUUGGCAGCUAUCUUAAUUUGUGGAUUGACAAAAUAUCUAUCACCACGUUUGAUAAAUGGCUUUUAUCUUUCUCCUCAAGUUUGAAUGGAAAUUCGGGUGACAAGGAUAUCAUGACCAGUAUUGGUUACAUUUGUUGGUACAUUUGGAAAAUGCGAUGCAAGACGGCUAUCGAAUCUCACCCGCCAUCCCCAAUGGUGGUAAUCUGUGAAUCUCAUGCUGCUUGUAGGAGCUACCUUAAUGCUCAAGCCUCGAAGAAUGCAACUUGCAGGACCCCUGUUCCUGUGGCCCAAACUCCCCAAUUUUGGUCCCCUCCUGCUAAUGGUAUCGUUAAAAUUAAUGUGGAUGCUUCUUGGAAACCUGGGCACCAUAAGGCAGGUAUUGGAGUGAUAUUACAUGAUUCUAGUGGUGUUUUUGCUGCUGGCCUUGCUUGCUCUAUUGCAGCAGACUCUGUCAUUGAAGCUGAGACUCUAGCUAUUUUGGAAGGAUGUAACUUUGCUAUCCAACACGGGCACACCAGAGUAGUCAUUGAAUCUGAUUCCAAAGAGGCCAUAUCUUGCCUUAAUCGGUCAAUCCCUCGAGGUAGGUGGCAGCUCUAUCCAAUUCUAUGUAGCAUCAGAAACUCUUGCUCUACCUUUCGGGAUUGUAACUGGUCUUGGGUCCCUAGGACCGCAAACUUGGCAGCUGAUCACUUAGCCAAGUUAGCUAUGGUUAAUUACAGUUUAGUACCAUGUGGUUACACCCUUAAGAGCAUCUCCAAGGGAGAUGAGGGUUUUGUGGUUGAGGUUGGGAAGAUGGUGGGGGUGCAGCUGGAGUUGGGUUUCGUAAUAGGUGAAGAGUGA